UCCUGGUCUUGGCCGGUAUCCUGGUGCUCGGCUCUGCUACAGCAUGCCGACGCAGCUGGAGGGUGCGAUGGAUACCCUAAUCAGGGUCUUUCACCAUUACUCAGCCAAAGAAGGGGAUAAAUAUAAACUCAAUAAAGGAGAACUCAAACAGCUCCUGACCAGCGAACUUACUGACUUCCUUGCGUGUCAAAAGGAUCCCCAAUUGGUUGAUAAGAUUAUGAACGAUCUUGAUAGCAAUAAAGAUAACGAAGUGGAUUUUAAUGAAUUUGUGGUUCUGGUUGCUGCAUUGACUGUCGCAUGCAAUGAUUUCUUUGAGGAGCAAAUGAGGAAAAGGGGAGAAUAGAAAUGGUUGCAAUCACCUUUUGGACAGGAUGGGAGACAGCAAUUUCGACCGAACCAUAAUUUCACCUUUUGAGUUCACCAGUACUGGUGUUUCCCUUUCCUUUCUCCUCAGCAAUCCCAACUUUCCUAAGAAGAUCCCCUCGGUUGUUGUUGUUGUUGUUGUUGUUGUUUUAAUACUGCUGUAAGUAACUGACUGGCUUUUAAAAACCCAUUUCUCCUAUGAACGAACUAUUUCAUAAGGCUAAAAGAGUUUUAGAAGCCAGACAGUUACUUACAGAAAUUGUGGAGGCAAAUGGAUUUAAACAUGGCUCCUGUAGGUGCUGUACUUUUAAAUUUGACACCACAAUGCAUCUUGGGUGUUGUAUUGUAGGUCACUCCUAAACAUGGGCAACCAAUUCCAUUCCAAUGCAUCCCGAGGAAAGGUGGAAUAGAUGACUCAGAGCAAAAACGUAGUUGCUUAAAAAAAUGACUGUGUAGUG